UACUUUUUCCUUUAUGAUGGCUCAAAAGUGAAGGAGGAAGGGGAUCCUACAAGUGCUGGCAUCUGUUAUUUUUACCCUCCCCAGACCAUCCCAGAGCAGCAGGAGCUGCUGUGUGGGCAGAUGGCCGGGGUUGUUCGCUGCCUCACCGAGAUCUCUGGGGCCCCUCCCAGCCUGGUCCGCCUCAGGAAGCUCAAGUUUGCCGUGGUGGUGGAUGGAGACUUUCUGUGGGUCCUGGGCUGUGCUGUGGAGCUGCCUGACGUGAGCUGCCGGCGCCUCCUGGAGCAGCUCAUCGGCCUCUUCACCUUCUACCACGGCCCCGUGCGCGGGGCAUACACGACAUUUUCCCAGGAGGAGCUGAGCAGGGAGUGGGACAGGUACAUUGAGCACAUCCAAAAAAACACCAGUGACCUCCACAGGAUUUUCAAUUCUCUCUGGCAUCUGGACAAAACCAAGGUGGAUCCCCUGCUUCUGCUGAAGGCAGCUCUCAUCCUGCAAACAUGCCAGCGCUCUCCCCAUGUCCUGGCAGGCUGCAUCCUCUACAAAGGCUUGAUUGUGAGCACCCAGCUGCCACCUCCACUCACUGCCAAAGUCCUCCUGCAGGGCAGCCAGUCCCCAGGCCAGGUAUGGCACUGA